AUGCCUUGCCGACUUCCUGCUGACACAACCAGCUGGCAGGGCGAACAGUGUGUCGGCCAGAUCGGCUCUGUGCCGCGUCUCGGUCUGACGAGCAUGUGCAUGCAGGAUUCGCCUGUCGGAGUCCGCGACACAGACUUCAACUCCGUCUUCACGUCCGGCCAGACCGCCGCCGCCACCUUUGACCGUGCUCUCCUAUAUGCACGCGGUCUUGCCAUGGGCCAAGAGCACAAGGGCAAGGGCGUGACUGUCCAGCUGGGCCCGGUCGCUGGUCCUCUGGGCCGGGCCCCCGAGGGCGGCCGCAACUGGGAGGGCUUUGCUCCCGACCCCGUCCUCACGGGCGUCAGCAUUGCUGAGACGAUCCGCGGUAUCCAGGAUGCUGGCGUCAUUGCUUGCGCCAAGCAUUUUAUCGGCAACGAGCAGGAGCAUUUCCGUCAGGCGGGCGAAGCUCAGGGUUACGGCUACAACAUUACCGAGAGUCUGUCCAGCAACAUUGACGACAAGACCAUGCACGAGAUCUACCUGUGGCCGUUUGCGGACGCUGUGCGCGCUGGCGUUGGCUCUGUCAUGUGCUCGUACAACCAAAUCAACAACUCGUACGGCUGCCAGAACUCCAAGAUGCUCAACAACCUUCUCAAGGGCGAGCUCGGCUUCCAGGGCUUCGUCAUGACCGAUUGGCAGGCACAGCAUUCCGGCGUCUCCAGUGCCCUGGCGGGCCUCGACAUGACCAUGCCCGGUGACACCGUCUUCAACUCGGCCGUCAGUUACUGGGGCACCAACCUGACCCUGGCUGUCAUCAACGGAACGAUUCCCGAGUGGCGCAUCGACGACAUGGCCAUGCGCAUCAUGGCCGCCUUCUUCAAGGUCGGCAACACCAUCGGCUCCCAGGUCCCGAUCAACUUCGACUCGUGGACCCUCGACACCUACGGCCCUGUGCACUGGGCGGCUGGUGUUGGUCAGCAGCAGAUCAACCACCAUGUCGACGUCCGUGCCGACCACGCCACCCUCAUCCGUGAGAUUGCCGCCAAGGGCACCGUCUUGCUCAAGAACACAAACAACGCCCUGCCCCUCAACAAGCCCAAAUUCCUCGUCGUUGUCGGCGACGAUGCCGGCCCCAACCCCGACGGCCCCAACGGCUGUUCAGACCGCGGCUGCGACAACGGCACACUCGCCAUGGCCUGGGGUUCGGGCAGCGCGAACUUCCCGUACCUCGUUACGCCCGAUGCCGCUCUGCAGGCCAAGGCCAUCAGCGACGGCACGGUCUACCAGAGCAUCCUGGCCAACAACCGCCCCGACACCACGAAUGCUCUUGUCUCGCAGGACGGCGUCACGGCUCUUGUUUUUGUCAAUGCCGACUCUGGCGAGGGCUACAUCAACGUGGCUGGCAACGAAGGCGACCGCCUGAACCUGACCCUCUGGCACGACGGCGACGCGCUCAUCAAGAACGUCAGCAGCCUCUGCAACAACACCAUUGUUGUUAUUCACUCGACUGGCCCCGUCCUUGUCGAGGAGUGGUACGAUAGCCCCAACGUCACGGCCAUUGUCUGGGCGGGCGUCCCGGGCCAGGAGUCGGGCAACUCACUCGUCGAUGUUCUGUACGGUGCCGUCAACCCGGCUGGCCGCACGCCCUUCACCUGGGGUACCACCCGCGAGAGCUACGGCGUUGAUGUCACGUACGAGCCCAGCGGUGAAGUUCCGCAGGUCGACUUUACCGAGGGUAUCUUUAUCGACUACCGCAGCUUCGACAAAUACAACAAGACACCCCGGUACGAGUUUGGCUACGGUUUGAGCUACACCACGUUCUCGUAUGCCAACCUGUAUGUCCAGAAGGUGCCUGCUGCGCCGUACAAACCGACGACAGGCUACACGAAGCCGGCCCCGACCAUCGGCAGCGGUAAAACGUCGACCAACCUUGCCGACUACUUGUUCCCCAACGCGACUCUAUCCCACGUCUGGCAGUACAUCUACCCGUACCUGAACACGUCGUCGUCUGGCAAGGCGGCUUCGGGUGAUGCAAACUACGGCCAGCCCAGCGACACCUACCUCCCGCCCGGUGCGACCGACAAGUCGCCGCAGCCCUACCUGGCGGCCGGAGACAAGAUUGCGUCUGGUGGCAACGCAGGGCUCUAUGACGUCUUGUACACGGUUACGGCUCAGGUAACCAACACCGGCUCGGUGACGGGCGACGAGGUGCCCCAGCUGUACGUGUCUCUCGGAGGACCCGACGACCCGCCUGUUGUCCUGCGCGGCUUCGACCGGCUGCACGCCCUGGCACCCGGCCAGACGGGUAUUUUCAACGCGGCCCUGACCCGCCGUGACCUGAGCAACUGGGACACGACGAAGCAGGACUGGGUCAUUAGCAACUACACCAAGACGGUGUACGUGGGCUCGAGCAGCCGCAAGCUGCCCCUGUCGGCAACACUGGACUAG